GAGCGUGUUCUGGCUCCGGGGCGCUCGACCUUGGCAGUUCGCUUUUCUGGCUGCGCGGUGGGCUGCUCCGGCUCCGCGGUGCGUCGCAAACGUGCGUCGUUUGCGUGCGAUUUUGUCUUCUUUGACUUUGGUGGAUAACUUGCUCUGCACGCUUGGACCAUGACUUUGGAGGAAGUCCGUGGCCAGGAGACCUUGCCGGAGAGCACCGGCCGGAAGCAGAGUGCCGGGAAAGCGCUGCACGCGCUACUGCUGUCUGCCCUGCGACAGGGCUGCCUUACCGCUGGCGUCUACGAGUCUGCCAAGGUCCUGAACGUGGAUCCUGACAACGUGACUUUCUGCGUGCUGGCCGCGGACGAGGAGGAUGAGAGUGACAUCGCUCUGCAGAUCCACUUCACGCUCAUCCAGGCGUUCUGCUGCGAGAACGACAUUGACAUUGUGCGUGUCGGUAAUGUGCAGCGGCUGGCAGCGAUCGUGGGCACCGGGGAGGAGAAGGGUGCACCCGGCGAUCUGCACUGCAUCCUUAUCUCAAAUCCCAACGAGCAUGCCUGGAAGGAUCCCGCCUUGGAGAAGCUCAACUUGUUCUGCGAGGAGAGCCGCAGCGUCAAUGACUGGGUGCCUAGUAUUCCCCUCCCCGAGUGACGGCCCAGCACCGGGACGUUUGUCUGAUCAACAUGGCGCGACUCCCCGAGGGCCUAGCGCGUGACUAGGUCUCGGGAUUCGGCCCCCAAGGGAGGGGGAGUCGGCGUGAGUCCUUGGACUAGCAGGCCGUGGCGUUGUAGAGGCCAGCAGGAUCGGGGUGUGGGGGCCCAAGCUUGGUGGAGAGGACCUGGGACGGUGAGGGUCAGGCCCACCCGAAGCUGAGGCACUUUGCACGUGUCAGAAACUGCUGCUCCCCUGCCAGCCAGAGAGAGAGAGAGAGAGAGAGAGAGAGACAGGCUGCAGACCGGAGGAAAGGAGGACUGGCUCAAAGACACGACUCAGCCGCACCCAAAGGAACCUAGGAGAAAGGCGGGGCGACGGUGGAGUUUAUUCAGUGACAAGGUCUGUGUCGAACUUGGCAGACAUGAACCGCUUUUGAAAUACAGAUCCGGGUUAUGCAUACAUUGUUUUAAAGGUUGCUGCAAUGGAAGCUUUGAAUUUACAAUAAACGUUCCGAAACCAAUUCAUUUUCGUUAUUGAGGGCAAGAGAGUCUUUUUUUGCUGGGGAUGGUAGGCGUCAAGGUUUCAGAUGAUUACUAAAACUUGGACCUGAUGGUUCCUGUUUUGUUGUUGGGCACAUUAUAGGCACUGGGACCUUGGCUUUGGGGGUACGAUGCGUUGGUCAACGGUUGUAGAGCUUGGAGUUCCAUUCGCAUUUAUUUCUUUUUAGGAAAAAAUUUAACAUGCAAAGCAGGCACACUUGAGAUAAGCAGUUAGGGCUGGAGCUAAAGGCUUGCCUUUCCCUGUUUCCUCCCCUCCCCCACCGCUCUCUUCUUUCUGACAGCUGCUUAUCUGAACCUUGCGCAGGGCUGGAUCAGCCAGCCUCAGGGUGCACAAUGUGCCUGCCUUCUGCCGGAGCUGCCCUUUGUGGUCCCGAGAGGGAGGAUGGUGGUAGACUAUGCUAAUAGAGAGUUUCUCUUAAAAAUUCUGAUACAAGGAAUUGGGCCAAAUUAAUAUCAAGUGUGACGCUUGAUGACGAUAGUUAAGUCUGAGUCAUCCUUAUGCCAAGACUAUGAUAGAACAGCAGUGUAACUAAGGGAAGUGGGGGGAGGGUGCAGACCAUUGUUGGAGGGGAUGUUAGCAAUGAUUGCAAAAUUAUUGUGCCGUGUUUCCAGCUGAUAUCAUUUGAUGUGGAAAUCCUGGUAGUUACAAUGAAAAAAAUUUCUAUAAAUUCAGUUUACCUGUAUCAAAUAUACUUAACAAAGCUAAAGCCCCAUGCUAAUUUACUUUUUGAACCUUCAAAUGCAUUCUGAUCAGAGUUGUCACUAUUACCUAAUUACAGUGAUACUUUGAAUCACAUGGUUUUGUCAGUACUUGCUUCAAGCACUUGCUAUUGUUUUUGUUGCUUAGCUAGUGUUUUUAUAAAAUGUUACAAUUCUCUGGUGUUUAGCUACAAUGCUGUGAUACUGUAAUAUUUAUGAAUCUAUAUCAAUACCUUAUUUGAGAACUUAUUGGCGAAUAACUUAUUUGAGUAUCUAAUAACUUAUUUGAGAACCUAAAGAUAAAAGAAAAUGAAAAAAGUUAAAACGCUUCCACUCAAUCAUCAGUGAUGUAAUUAAUAAUGUAAUUCAAUGAAGAGCAAUUUCAUAAAACAGUUUUGUUGUAGCAAUCAUAUAACCAAAUAUAUUGUAUUUAAGGAAUUUACAAUUAUAUUAACUUGUGAUUUAAAUUGAUAAUAAACAUUACUCAUUCUCUCUCA